AAUUGAUAGUUCUUGUUUCUCUAGUAGUAAGGAGUAUAUAGGGGAUAAAUAAAAAGAAAGAAAAAAGAAAGAAAGAGUAGAGGAUGAGAGGAGAGAGAUGCUUUGGUAGUCCGGGGCGGGCUAACAAGAAGGUAGGAUUGGAUGGAUAUAGGAGCCUGCCUUGCCUUCCUCAUAGGUUUCGUUUAGCUCCCCCUACACCCAGAUCACACACACAGACGCAGACGCAGGAGGGAGAAGAAGACGACCCAAGUGAUGCUGAUGGCAUCUCGUCUCCUGUCCUGAACCCUUUUCCUUCUCCCUUUCAAGAGGAAAUCAAAUCAUAAAGGAUUCUACAACAAGGAAGAGUGGCCAAAGUGUUGUGGAGUGGCUUUCUCCUCUUCUUCUUCUUCCUUCGUGCGGCCUGCGGCCAUGGCCAUGGCCAAGCAGCAGCGGGUUUACCAAGUCUGGAAAGGCAACAACAUAAUCUUGUGCGGUGGAAGGUUUAUCUUUGGACCAGAUGCCAAGGCCACUCUGCUAUCUUUCUCUCUAAUUGCAAUCCCGGUUGCCGUCUUCUGCUACUUUGUGGCGAGGCAUCUCAUACACAUGUUUCCUGCAUAUAAUGCAGGGUAUGCAAUUCUUGCUGUUACCAUAGUCCUCUCAAUUUAUGUACUGUUACUGCUCUUCUUGACCUCAUCUCAAGAUCCAGGUAUUGUACCACGGAACUCACAUCCACCUGUGGAAGAGUUUUCUCAUGAUGCUUCAGCUCCACACACUCUUCAGUUUCCACGGGUCAAGGAGAUUUUGGUCAAUGGUGUACCCGUGAAAGUAAAAUACUGUGACACUUGCAUGAUAUAUCGACCUCCGCGCUGCUCUCACUGUUCCAAAUGUGAUAACUGUGUCGAGCGCUUUGAUCACCACUGUCCUUGGGUUGGGCAGUGCAUUGGACAGCGCAAUUAUCGCUACUUCUUCUGUUUUGUAUCUUCAGCAGCCAUCCUGUGCAUCUACAUAUUUUCAAUGUGCGCUUUGCACAUCAAGCUUCUCAUGAAUAGGGAUCAUCAUUCAGUGAUAAAGGCAAUUAAAGAAUCUCCAGCAUCAGUGGCAAUUAUGGCAUAUUGUUUCAUCUGUUUCUGGUUCGUUGGUGGUCUCACAGGGUUCCAUUCUUACCUCAUUGCAACAAAUAAGACAACAUAUGAGAACCUCAAGUACAAAUACAACAACCAACCCAACGUGUUUGACCGUGGUUGCAUGAACAACUGUUCUGAAUUCUUCUGCACCAAAAGAGCGCCUUCAAGGAUCAACCUGAGAGCAAUUGUUCAAGAGGACCAUGGGGUAGCACCACCACGAAUCAGCCGUUCCAAUGUAGCAGAAGAGGAGACACCCCACCGUCCACGAGCCAAAGUCGAGGAUGAUCUUGAGAUGGGCCUCGACAUCCUUAAGACCUCACAACGUCGGUCAGAUGAACUGGGUGACGAAGAGUUGGGAGUUGAAAGCAAUGGCGUGAAAUAUCGCAGAGCUGACUGCUCACCUGGUUUAGACAAUGAGAUCCCAAUUACAAGAACUAAGAUUGAGAGUUCUAGUGAGGUUAGAGAUCUGGAGAUCUUGCCAACUGGCAAUGCUGCACUCCCUUCAUCUCCUGAGAAGAAACAACAUCCUGAUGUACUUUGUUGACAAAUACAUGAAUGUGGCUGUGAAAAGUGAAGUUGUUUUCAUGGAUUGCUGACAACCAACAACUUGUUAUUCAUCAGGUGUACAAAUGGAAUCCGGAUGUCAUUUGACGUAUGUUGAGUGUUGCCAUCUCUUCCUGGGAUUUUGAGUGGGCUGUUGAUUAGUCAGUCAUAUCAUAGGGUUCUUCCUGUAACGAUCUCCCGUUAAGCAGUUUAUGAAGGUUUCUUUUUUUUUUCAUCUAGGAUUUGUUUCCAAGAUUGCAGGAAUGGUGCUUCAUUACUGUUAAGUGUUAAUUGUACAUAAUCUGCAUGCCUAUGAAUCGAUCAACUGAUAUUGCCUCCUUUCCAAGUGGCUCCUUCAAGCACAUAUGCAGGCUGUAGCAGUGUAGCUUCUCUCAUAUAGCAGCUAUGAUCCUAAAGGAUACCAAGAUAUAUAGACCGAGUAGAUAAAUCACAUUCGCAAGUAAGAUGCAUACCCUCUCGAGAAACUAGAGGAGCCUGGGGUUGUUCCACUUCCAACCUCCAAAUACUUACAUGAUAUAAAUGUAGUAGCAGCAAACAACUGCACUUGAGAUGUGUUGCCAUUCUUUGUUCACAUCUGCCACACAAGAAGAACAGACAACUAAAUCAACAG